AUGGCAACACCUUCUGGUAGCUUUGCAUCGUUAGAAGAAUAUCGAAAGCAACUCAACCGUGAAUGCCAAAAACGUUUUAGAAAUAAGAAUAAAAAAACUACCUCAGACCUAUCCAUUAAUGUUUCCAAAAACCUUCAAGACUUACUUAAUAUCGAAGUUCUUAUGGUUGUAAUCGAACCUCCUGCUAAUAAUACUAAUUCUGCUUCUGCAAUAUUAGAAGAACAUCGAAAGCAACUCAACCAUGAGCGUCAGAAACAUUUUAGAGAUAAAAAUAAAGAAACUAUCUCACAUCUAUACAUUGAUGUUUCUGAAGAACUUUGA